GCGCGCGCUGCUCUCCAGUCUGUCCCGGUACCGUAACGUCCACCGAGUCUCCGCGCUCUGCUGGCUGCGCCACCGACACAGUCACCGUCUGCAGCCCCGAGUGACAGAGCAGGAGUCUGGCUGUGCACCGACUCUUCCCCAUGAGAAAUGGGGCCAAGCCUCAUUUAAAGCGCGGCGCCUGAGCCGUGUCGCUCGGGUUCACAAAUGUGGGGCUUUAACCUGGUGGUUUCUUCCUGGAAUGAGGCCGCUGCUAAUGAGCCCAUCAGGACAAAGGCACUGCGGUAGUCACCUCCGUCUCUGCUCCGGGUCCUUUUCUUGAGGAAGAAAUAUGGCGGUGUCCAUGCUGUACAGGAGGACGACGGCGUUGUGUAGGACGUUAAAGGGAAUCUCACCUUCAAAAACUCUUCUUUCUUCGAACUGGCUUCUGUUGCACACCGCGUCCUACAACCCGAAGCCUUUAAAGCUGAACCUCCAUGAGCCCUAUGUCCCAGACAAGGACAGCGAGAAGACGCCGGAGUGGCAGAAAACGGCCCGGUAUGACAGAAAGCUGUUCGGUCGGUACGGCUCAGCGUCGGGCAUCGACCCUGCGUCGCUGUGGCCCAGCCAUGAGCAGCUGGACAAGAUCAUUGCAGAGGAAAAUGAGUGGCACCCUCCGUUAAAAGUAAUGCUGAAGAACGUCAAGGCCAGGGAGAAGCAGGAAGCCGAAAAACGGUUGGCAAAGUAAGUAAUGCUACGUAGC